GGUGUGUGCGGCGGCGGUGGGGGCCAGGUAAGCCCGCAUCUUCGGGUUGCUACCUGGGAACCGCUCCAAAGUGUAUCAGGAAGUGGCAAGCGUUCCUCUUUGGCCUUUUAAAGGAAGGGCUACCUGCAACGGCAAGGCAAGGGAUUAACGAUCCCGUUUGGAUCCAGGAGGCGAGAAUUCUUUCCGAUCCAGGAGCAGCAGCCUUGACGUCGUCCGGCCGGUUGGCACCGGACUUUGCAAAGGGCGGCCGGCAGGAGCCAGCCCCGAAGGUCCGUCUUCUGGGAAGCAGCUGCCCGUCGGGCUGAUCACCACCGAAUGUUGUCUUGGCCGUCUGGGAGUCUCCCCACUUUCAUGAAGAAUGUUCAGUAGCAAGAAGCAAUACGACGGUCCCCCCAAUGGCUACGGCUCCCCUGUGGAUGAUUUUGGGUACAAAAUCCAGUCGCCUCCUCCCGGCUCCUACUACGUAGAAGAUGUGCCCCAGUAUUUCUACAAGUGGAAUUCUCCGCCGGGCGUGGUGAGGAUCUUGGAGGGCAUUGGCAUCCUGCUCUGCGUGGCCAUCUUUGCUUGCGUGGCGUCCACCCUGGCCUGGGAAUACGGUUAUGGCUACGGAGGUCUUUACGGUGGCACGAUGGGCAACUAUUAUGGGGGCGGAUACAGCGGCGGCAUGGGCUACGGAGGAGUAGGAGGGUAUGGGGGCUAUGGCGGUUAUGGCAGUUACGGCGGUUAUGGAGGCAUCACCAACCCUCGGGCUGCCAACGGCUUCAUGAUCGCCAUGUCCGUGAUGGCGUUCAUCGCUCUCCUGGCGCUCCUGAUCACCAGCCUCACCAAGUCCGGUGGGUCCCGCUCCAGGAAGUUCUACUUGGUGGUCAUCAUCGUGUGUGCCAUCUUGGCCUUCGUCAUGCUCAUCGCUUCCAUUGUCUACAUCGUGGGGGUCAACCCCCGGGCACAGAUGUCCAGCAGCUACUACUAUAAUCCUAUGCUGACCAUGUGCAACCAGAUCUACACCACCGGGUCCUCCUUCAACCAGUACCUUUAUCACUACUGCAUGGUUGACCCACAAGAGGCCGUUGCAAUAGUCUGCGGUUUCCUCCUCGUCAUCCUUCUUUGCAUCAUCUGCUUCUUCGCAAGCAAGACACGGGCGAAGCUCUGGAGAUACGGGAAAGCGAACAUUUACUGGGACAAGCCGCCGCCCUUCCAGGAGGGACCCAACGUGGAGGAGUGGGUGAAGAACGUUGCUGAUGUAGCGAGUACCCAUGACGAGACGGCGACUCUCGCUUACUCAGAAAAGCCCACAAGCCCCGUCAAUGCGCCUGCCACCCCAUACAGCUACAGGGCCUCUGCAGAUGGCUACUACGCAACUGAAAACAGCACACCCUUGCGCUCCUCCGCCGACCCUCCUGCCAGGACUUUUAGCUCCAGCACCUUAGAAGAGAAGGCCAGAGAGACUCCCAGCAAGCCUUCAGCCCGCAGGGGACGGAGGCGACGGAGGAACCCUGAACUCGAAGAAUCCCAGUAUGAGACAGACUACACCACAGCAAUGGAGUCCAGCGACGAGCAAGAUCCGGACGAAUGGAAAAGCCUGUACCCGCCCAUUACGACAGACAGGAUCCGGCAGGAAUAUAAACAAGAUUUUGCCUCGGACCUCAAGCACUAUAAGCAGCUGUGUGCAGAGAUGGACAGCAUCAACGACCAGAUCAACCAGCUCAGCAAACAGCUGGACCACCUGCCCGAAGACAGCCUGCAGUACCAGGGCGUGGCGGAGGAAUACAACCGGCUGAAGGAUUUAAAACGCACACCCGACUACCAGAGCAAGAAAAUGGAAACCAAGUCCCUUCGAAGCAAGCUCUUCCACAUCAAGCGGAUGGUGAGCGACUACGACAAAAGCAGAGGCUAAGUCACCCCCCGGAGACUGUGGCACAGCAAAAAAAAGGUGGUUGGGGGGGCGGUCCCAAAAGGCACCUUUUUUCUCAUCCAGUCUCUCAAGGAGCGAUUUCUUUCUUUGGUACCUACCUUGAAGCGGCGUCAUUGAUCUGUCGCUGAGCCAAUCUUGCAAGCUGCAAAAACUCUCUGGGCGCCCUACACUCGGACGGUUCGACUCCGAGCGGCCACCGUGUCGGUCGUGUGUUUCUUAACUCCCCAACUCUCAUUCUUCACUCUCUCGUUCUUUUAAUAUGCAGAGUGCUGAGGUGGGUCUUCCCUGAAAACCGCAUGUUGCAAAUGUCUUUCUUUUGUUCAGUGUGUGUGGGGUUUUUUUAAAGAAAAAAAUCUAGUGCCAAAAUGAUAGGCUGCCACUCUUUGGGAAAAUCACGCAGCGAUUGUGGACAAGCCGAAAGCCCCGGAUCAACCUGUUGUACAGUUUCAUUUUUAAGAUUGCAUUAGUGUUCUGUUCUCUCAUUGGGAGUGCUGUGCUUCUCACUGUGACGCGUUCUCCUUUUUUCUUUUUUACAAAACCGUAUUGAGUCAGCUUCCCUUCCCCCCCCCAAAGUGGUGUGAUCUGUUCCUCCACGUGUGGAAAUUUGGGGGUCGGGUCGGGAGAAAUGGAGUUAAGUACCUAAU